AUGUUUAGUCAGUGUAUACUGCAGAGGGUGGCGGCAUCGCUAGUUCUAGCCACAGCCGUACAAGCAAUUAACGAUGUUGAUCAGUGCGGAAACAACAACGGUAAAUUCACUAUCAAGAUUAAAGAUGGUGACUUGAGGCCAGAUAGCAGCUCCAAUACUAUGGAAUUCAGAACUAUGGUCAACAAUGUUGAGUGGAUGAAGACCAAGCCCAGGUACGGGAGCGACGGGUUCGUUUGGAAUAUUGAGGGACAUGUACACCGAUUCGACUGCGCAGUCAUGUAUUUCGAGCUGUUCGAGGAUGGAUGGAUCG